AUCAAUUUGAUUUUGUGGAAAAAUAACCAGAAUUAUGCUUUAAAAGAUUUUCAAUUUUUGAUUCAUUUAAAACUAACUUGUACCAUCAGUCUCAACCACCAUUGACACAAUAUGCUUUUGUUAACAGUGUUUGUUAUUACUUGGACAACAAUUAUCAAUGGAGUCUAUUCAGUCGUGCCCGUUGAUCUUCCAUUUGACAUUGAAGAUGGUAACUGGUUGAUAAAAGCAAAGCUUACAAUCAAAGAUAGCCCAUUGCAAAUCAAAAUCGAUGAAUACAUUCAAUCUGCGAAUGGAACAAUAAGAAGCAAAGUAGUAGUCAAAGUAGACAACACCAAGCCAUUCGAUAUAUUUUAUACGAACAAAAAUCAUUACGAACGAUUAAUGGUUAAAGGAGCUACUUGUACCUAUUUUUUGUAUCAAAAAGAUCAUUACGGCUGGAACUAUUACAUAAGUGAAUUAGGAAGCGAUAACUUCGCCACUCAUUUGAUAUUGGUUGGACCUUCUGUUAUAUUCAGAAUUAAUAAACUUGCACCUGUCUGGAAAUCAGGUCAAGAUGAUGUUAUCAGGGGUGUUAUACAGCAUAGUGCGACUGCAACUCUUGAUCCCCAUCUCAAUGUGUGGUUUUACUACAAAGGUAACAGUCUUGAAGGAUUGAGAAGACCGACUCGAGCUUUAUUUUCUGGUUAUGACUCCAACUCUUACCGGCGAAUAGACGAUCAAUAUUGGUUUGACUUAUAUACUAUUACUCGAGUUGACCAAAAUUUUGAUACAAUUGUUACGCCUGAACCUGGAGUAUUUUGUGACAAAUACUUUAGUGACGCUUCAGCCAAAACCAGAGCACCUUUCCCAAAAUUAACUCAACAUUCAGUACAUUUUAUUGCCAAAACCAAAGGUUUAAGUGCAGGACCAGCGAAGAAAGAAGAAGUUCAUGCUGAUGCAAAGAAUCAAAUCUUAAGAAUUGCAAGUUCUACUUAUGGAAAGGAUAAUAAUAAACUCAUUACAACUGAUAUCAUUUAUGAUUAUCAAUUAGGACUUGGAUAUGAAUUUACAGAAGAAGGAAAUUGUUCAGUUUCUCCAAUGAGUUUAUCAGCACCUGGUAUACUUCAAGAUUCAUCAUUGAGUUAUGGCAACUAUAAACUUGAUUUAAAUCGAUUGCUCAACCUUGAUGUGAAUUAUCAUUACUUGGGACCAGCACUUUUUGAGGAUCGAGAUGAUAUUGGGAUACACGCAUGGGAAAUGUACAGCAAAAGUGCCAAGGUUGGGGGCAAAAAUCGUCCAAAUGUCAUAACUACUCAAUAUUUAAGCAAACUAACAGAUGAACGAACAGAUUACACACUGGUUGGUACAACGUUGAAAGCCUAUGAUAACAAUAAAAAAAUGAUUGCUAACCUUACAACAAGUUACUUCAAUUAUGGUUAUGAGAUGAGUUCUUCAGAUAGCAUGGAAAAGUUUUCCGUUAGAGACUGCUAUUCCGAUCCAAAAGCUGAAAAAACAAUAGCAUUCUUCUUCACUUGCACAGAUACACCUUGUGAUUAUUUAAACCAAUAUUAUUAUCGAAUCCAAGAAGCAGUUAAAGAAGCACUCGUCAACACUGGAACACUUUCAGCUUCGAGAAUCUCAAACAUUGAACCAAUAAUCAACUCCAAUGAGAUAAUUAUUUAUGUUACAAUUUUGGACUUUCCAAGAAUAAAAAAUGCAUUUAAGAUGCAAACCAUGAAAUUAGCUGAAAAAACAUUAACAACUUCAUCAAGAGUUAUAGUUGAUGGCGAUGAAGAAGAUUGUUUGAGGACAAAUUCAUAUAAAUAUGAACCAUUUACAGCCAUUGCAUUCUGUAAGACUGGGAAUGGUAAUGUGUGUCAGAGAAUUGAUGGUAAAAAAGUAAAACUAGUUGAAGAUAAGGAUAAUGGAACUUCAUGUUCAGUUUUCAUGACACCAUUGAAGAAUGUUUACCGUUAUAACCGAGAAUUACCUUUGGAAAAUAUUCACGAGAAACUCGCUCACAUCGAAAUCUCUUUGAAUUCACCAAAUAUCGGCGAAAAGUUCAAAUUGACUCCAUACCAAGUGACAGAUGUAACCAAAGUCAAUGACGAUGCAACCAAUUCAUUAUAUGAAACGAUCAUUCAAAACACAAAGCUAAUCGAAGAUAAACUUGAUACAAUUCAAGUUGUUGGUGCUACUGAUUUGAGUUCUUGCCAUCGAAAAUGUGUUCAGUCAGCCGAGAAUAAUUGUCAAUCUUUUUCAUUUUGCACUUAUGCUGAUAGAGUCGAAUGCUUUGUAUCGACGAUUUCAAAUGUUUCAUCUGAAAAAAUAACUCAUGAUACAUCAUGUGGUACCUAUCUAAUUGAGAAUCUAACGAAGUAUGAAAAAAAUUCGUUCAAAAGAUUUAAAAAUAUUGACAUAUCUGUACCAUUCGAGAGUUCUCUUGGAAAAUGUGCCUCUUUUUGUUCCAAUUCCGAUUCAUGUAAAUCAUUUCAAUUUUGUUCUGGUUCAUGCACUUUAGCUGGUUAUUAUACGGAUGCGUCGAGCGUUUACAGUGAAAGUUGUGAUAUUUAUAUUCCAAAAGUAUUGGAUAGAUUUGAGUUAACUGGAAAAUCAAUCGUAACAGACGUGUUCCACACUGAACUGAACCUUAAUGCUGACCAAUGUGCCGCUCUCUGUUUUCAAUGGAACGAUAAUGACUUAGUUUGUCAGUCUUUCAACUUUUGUCCAGCACAUGGAAAAACAUCGAGCAUGUGUCAUCUAUCAAAGUAUUCAAGACAUGAUACUAAUGAGAAACUGAUUCACUCUGAUACUUGUCAAAAUUAUGAAAGAACUAAACAGAGUGUGAGUGAACAACGAAAUACUGAGGUUAUCGCAAAUCUCACUCAUUCUGGGACGAUUUACGGAAUCAUCGUACUAUUUGUUGCCACUGGACUGAUUUCUGGAAUAGUAGUUGCAGUAGCGUAUUUCAAACUUUUUUUUGUUAAAAGCGAUGCAUCUGAAAUCUAUAAUCGUAACACAUUCAGUUGGACUAAACAGCUUAAUGAUGAACGACAAUCUGUGAAUGCUGUCGAUUCAUUGCAAAUGUCAUCUGAUUAUGCUGUUCCUGUGAGUGAAUGACUGCAAUAAAAUAUUUUUGUCCACUUUAUAUGUACCAAUUAAUUUUAUAAAUACAAUAUUUUAUGUAUAGCUUUCAUAAAUAAAGGCAACUUCAAAUAAUGCGCCCAA